GGUGUCUUUGUACUUUUUCUUAUCUGGAUUUUUUUUUUGGUAGAAAUUGCUGCAAAUGGAUAUUACUCCUCAUUAUUACAAGGUGAAAGAUAUUCCUGAAUCUUUAAAUCCCAUUACAGGUCGUAGUAUUUAUUAUGGAAUUCGUCCUUGGCGUUGCGACGAUCGUUUCCAGGACUGGCUAAAGUCUUUCAUCUCUUUUGAUGGAAUAGGUGUUCAGUUUCAGCUGCUCAAGACGUUGUAUAAAUGUAUUUACUCUGAAAAAGGUGCCGAGCCCGUGGAUAGUUAUCAUCGACUGGGACGGUCAGAGGUCAUGUUUUAUGUUGAACGCUAUCGUAGUGGCAUGAUGCGGGAAAGAUUUUGGGAGACCUAUCCUUACGAUCAAAACGAGCUUGUUAGGAUAGCGGAAGAGGAUGGUAUGAAGAUGCGCGUCUGGCGCCAUCAACGUGAGCUUGAAAUCCAGUCAAGAGAAGGUAAACUCGAUGAAUUACUCCAAAAAAGCAUUUUUAAGCAACCUAAGUAAUAUUUCGGGUUCCAUCGCACAAAGUCGUGAAUAUACUGCUCUGAGUAGGUCUAGAAUAUUCAGAAGUAUAUCAUAUAAGAACACUGACUACAUUGAUAGUAGUGACAGAAUGGUUGUGAAUCGAACUUCUUUUUAUGCUUAAUGUUCUGUAUUCCACUCGAAAUGAAUGCAAAAAAUGCAUCGCAAAUGAGGUGCCUUUAUACCUCAAAAAAUGUUUUGCAUAUUCUCGUUGUUAAAGGUGCCAGUAAUUGCGUUGGAUUUUACUUUGUUGUGCAUCUAGCUGAGAAUAUGGAAAAGGUCUCUUUCAAAACUUUUAUUUUACUGAAGUAGAGUGAGGACUAUUCAACAACAUGCAUGUGCCCAUGUCGAAUAGAAUCAAUGGAGAGUUAUCAUUCCCAAAUCAAUUGCUUAUCCGAUUUAUACGCUAUUAGUGACAUUAAAGGGAUUACCAGAGUUUAGGGGCACUGGGGACCAAGUGUGCUGUGGAUUGUGCCUCUUACCGUCGGUAAUUAUUAGGGAUUUUCCUUCGAGUUACACAGAUCUGUACGAGUUUGGUUCGUAACCAGUAUUUGCUUGGAAAGGAGUGUAUGCAAUCAUACAUGACCGCACCACA